UCUUCUGAGCGCUCAGUCCUCUCUCCGCGCGCAUCUUCUGAAGCAUCCAACAAACUAAACUCUUUCUGUCAUAACAGUCAUGAAGUGGACCCUGCUCGUGCUCGGCAGUGUGUGUUUACUGGAUCUGGUUGAGAACUCGUUCGUGCACGGCAAGCGCAACGCAAGAACAGUGACUUUCUCUCGGACUGGCCGCGGUCAGUCGAGACGCAGACGGGACUCCUGGACGACUGGACAAGUGCGGUUCACCGAGUGCAAGACUCCACUGUCGGCCAAAGACAGAGAGCUUCUGCUCAGCCACACACACGAGACUGGUUUUCAUGGGGAUGAUGGAUCCAGUUUUACCCUCACAUGGGCUGGAAAUGGAACUGGGAUAAUCUUCGUCCUUUCCACAAUCAGUGUUCCUUCUGAUUCAUUUUAUGAAGGUGGUUCAUCACGCCUUUAUAGGAGUCAAGACUAUGGGAAGUCUUUUCAUGAUGUCUCUCGUGCCAUCAACAACACAUUUUUAAAUAGCUACUUUGGGAUAAGUGCUGGACAUGGGAACCCUCAACCGGUCAUUUUAACAGCCAACCUGCCUUUUACUAAGGCCCCAGGAGGAAAGAUUUUUACGUCGAUGGAUGCAGGUCUGACGUUUAGAUCAGUGCAGCUUCAAUUCCACCCAGCACAGGCCAUUCAAUUCUCUUUACAAGACCCAAAAUACCUUGUGGUCAUCAGCAUAGAUGAUGGGCUAUGGCUCUCAGAAGACUUUGGGAACAAUUGGUCUAAAGUUCAUGAAGGAGUUCACACAUUCACAUGGGGUUCUGAGAACACUCUUUUCUUCAGUUCCAGCCCAAAUGGAACAGUGGAGGCAGCAAGACGAGGCGAGCUUAUUCUGAGACGGACAUGUGAUUUUGGCAAAACCUUUGACACCAUUGCCGAGAACAUCUUCUCGUUUGGUCACAUUGGUGGCUUCUUGUUUACUUCCGUCAUGGAAAAACUGGGCUCUCCUCGUGUCAUCUAUGUGUCCACAGAUCAGGGUGCCCAUUUCAAAAGAGCUCAGCUACCAUCAGCUACUACAGAGCAGUUCUACUCUGUUUUGGAUGGCGAUGAAGACAUGAUCUUCAUGCAUGUGGACAACCCUGGAGAAGACACAUAUUAUGGGACAGUCUAUGCCUCUGAUGAACAAGGAAUCCUGUACUCAAAGUCUCUGGAGCGCCACUUAUUUGGCGGGGAGGCGAAAAGUGACUUCACUAACAUCACGUCUUUGAGAGGGGUCUAUCUGACCAACAUACUGGAGGAAGAUGGAUGCAUUCGUUCAGUCAUCUCGUUCAACAGAGGGGGACGAUGGAGAUAUCUGAAAAAGCCAGAGAAUGUGGAUUGUCCAGAUAUGUCGAAAAAGUGUAACCUGCACAUCCAUGGAGAGCACAGUCAUUUUAGUGGAGUCACUCCCAUGACGCCUCGCUCUGAACCUACAGCCAUCGGUCUGGUCAUCGGCCAUGGCAGCGUUGGAGACUCCAUUUCAGCAGCCCGCCCUGAUGUAUAUGUGUCUAGGGAUGGAGGUUACACCUGGUGGGGGACUUUAAGAGGACCUCACCACUACAGCAUCCUGGACUCUGGAGGGCUGAUAGUGGCAGUGGAGGCGCGCAGAGACAGAGGGAUCAGCUCCAUAAAAUUUUCCACAGAUGAAGGGCAGUGUUGGAAGACAUUUAAUUUCACAGACCACCCGUUCUUUCUGGCAGGACUGGCAUCAGAGCCUAGCAGCAGGACAAUGAACAUCAGCAUUUUUGGCUACCGCCUAGAUGACAAUCAUCAGCCUAUGUGGGUAGCUGUCACCAUAGACUUUGAGCACCUGCUCACUAGAGAGUGUAAUGAUCAGGAUUAUCUAACGUGGUUGGCACACUCCGAUUACAACUCUGACCCGAAAACAGAUGGAUGUCUCUUGGGCUAUAAGGAGACAUUUAGGAGACUUAAGAAACUGUCUGCAUGUAGAAAUGGCAGAGGAUAUGUGGUCAGUCGACAGCCGUGUAUUUGCACCAGUGAGGACUACAUGUGCGACUAUGGAUUCUAUUGGCAUGAAAAUAGCUCAGCGUGUCUCCCUCAGCCCGACUUUCUAAAUCAAACCCAGGAUUUUUGUUUAAAUGUAGACCUGCAGACUACAGGAUAUCGCAGGAUCCCCGGAGAUAAAUGUAAGGGGAGUUUCAGCCCUCCAAGAAAUGAAGAGGCUUUCCAAAAGCUUUGUGGGAAUGUCAAUUCAUCUACUUCCUCAAGUUCACAAACUGAGAUACCACCAGCCAUACUGGCUCUUAUAGUGGUGUGUUCAUGUGCGGGCGUCAUUGGUUUGGUUACUAUAGCAGCUUUCAUGAUCACUUCAAGAAGAAUAAACUGUGGCCAAAGGUCGCCUGAAUAUAACUUUUCUGUUCUGCAAAUCCAAGAAGAUGACCUGUCUGUUAACAAUGAAAGCACCCCCAAUGGUUUCCAGGUCCAGGAGGACUCAGAUGAUGAUCUCCUUGAAUGAACAACAUUUAAACUGUGGAAACUACUCAGGCUUUGAAAACAUGUGUUUGCAGCCAGAUAUGCUUCAAAUAAAUUUCAAUCCCAGUCACUGUAACUGGAUGAUUAAACACCUGAAACUAACAGCGAACUGCAUUUAUCAACCUGAGGCUCUUGUUUUGUCCUAUCAAGUGUCUUAUACAAGGAUCUGAGGAUAAUGCAUGUAUCAUUGAAAGGGAAUUUACUUUCACCCUCUCUGUCUUUUGCACUGGAUUUCAAAUUCACUCAGGCUGCUGCUGGCAUUACUCUUGAGCUCUGGGACUAUGUAUCUA